AUGACCCGCUUACCUACUUUCUCUCAAGUCCUUGAGAAUGAUGCAUCAAUCAGAUUAGUGGCUGGGAUUUCGCUCCUUACUGUCGCAGUCUCCCUACUUCUCAGUCGUACGCUUGGAGCUAGACGGCGCGGCUCUCUUCCUCCAGGACCACCCGGCUACCCAAUCGUCGGAAAUCUGUUCGAUAUCCCCACUGAUGAUAAAUGGAAAGUUUAUGCUCAAAUGGCGCGCGACUUAGGCUCUGAUAUCAUAAGCCUUCGUCUUCCAAUUGGACCGUCAUUGAUCAUUCUGAAUUCUGCUGCAUGUGCAGAUGCGCUGUUUGUCAAACGUUCUGCGAUAUAUUCGGAUCGGCCCAGGAUGGUGGUGCUACAAGAGCUUGUACAGGCAGGAUGGAACUUGGCAAUCAUGCCCUACGGUGAAACAUUCAAAGCUGCACGCAAAGUAUGGCAUAAGCACAUUGACGUACCAUUUUGCCGACCGCAUGCAGUGAUGGCUGUAAACAGACUGCUUCAAGAGCUGUUACCAUGCAAGAAAGACCAUGACAAACUCAUUCGCCUUGCAACAGGACGAUUCAUUCUGUCUUCUGGAUAUGGAAUACAGGCUGAAAACUCCGAAGAUCCAUUUGUUUCGCUUUCCGAACGUUGGAUCAAGACUAUAUCUCAUGCCACUCAACGCGGAGGUUUCCUAGUGGAUUCUUUCCCCAUCCUCAAGAUAGUGCCGAGUUGGUUUCCUGGAGCCGGGUUCCAGAAAAAAGCACAGGACAUGAAAAAGCUCACAGAGGAAGCCGAUGGAACCGCCAUUCGCUCUUAUGCUUCGCGUUACCUUGAAUCGAGUAAAGAGGAACAGACCCCAGAAGAAACCGAUGCGGUAUGCUCUAUCAUUGGGAACAUGUAUCUCGCUGGAGCGGACACAACAGAACUCACGUUACGAAGCUUCAUUCUAGCCAUGGCUCUUCAUCCCGAAAUUCAGAAGAAAGGCCAAGAAGCUGUAGACAAAGCACUUGGUGGCACACGAAUGCCGACAUUGUCAGAUUUCGGUACAAUUCCAUACGUAGACGCUAUCAUUAACGAAACAUUACGAUGGAAGCCAGCAGUCACCGUCACUAUCCCUCACGGAGCGCUUCAGGACGACGUGUACGGUGACUAUUUUAUUCCCAAAGGCAGUAUCGUCAUCGCCAACAUCGCUGCUAUCCUUUCGGACGAGAAGGCAUAUGGUGCUAGGACAGAUGAGUUUCGCCCAGAACGUUUUAUGAUGCCGGAUGGGUUGUUGAAUAAGAGUAUGAACUCGAAUCCUGCGUUUGGAUAUGGGAGGAGACAAUGUACUGGUAUGGCUAUGUCUAGAGAGUUGACUUGGAUGACCGUGGCGUCGGUUCUUUGUUCCAUCGAUGUCGGUCGAGCCGUCGGUGCGGAUGGCAAAUUACUAAAUCCAGCAACUGUUGAAUACCUACCAUCUGGGAGUUUGAACUAUCCCCCACCAUUUGAUUGUACUUUCACACCAAGAUCGGAGACUGCAAGACAUUGGAUAGAAGAAGCUUCGAACCAUGUUCAUUAUUAG